AUGAGCAAACUCGACAUAUAUUCUUUUCAAAUAGUCUCACAGUAUUUCUAUUUUGAAAGUGAUUUCAUCAACUCUGUGUUAAUCAACAAGAAAUACCGAUUAUUACUUGAUCGUUUCCGUUAUAAUCCGAUAUCUGUUUCUGAUAUAAAGAUUUUUCCUUUCAUAGAGAUGCAGCACUUAUAUACCAAAAACGACAUGAUAAUACCUGAUAUUCACCGCCUUGUUGUGUGGUACCCCGUCUCUUUGCAAGAGUCCAAAACACUGUUUAGUGAAUAUGAUGUGGUAUUCAAAAAUGUCAGUUUGUCAAAAAAAGACGCUAAAAACAAUGAUGUUACUUUAAAUAUCCCACAAUGUGUUAAUACGCUUGGCUUUGAAUUUGAUUCCCAUUUACAAGUUGAGACAUUUGUAGUGCCUGAUCACAUCAAAAAUCUAACAGAACAGCUGUUUUCUUACAAUCAGCAACUCCAGGAAGUGACACUGUCAAAAUGCAUCAGACGAUUGCCAAAUCAGUGUUUUUACAAUUGUGUCCAUUUGUCCAAAAUUGAUAUUCCAGAGUGUCUUUGUGUGAUAGAAGAUGAGGUGUUUUACAAGUGUGGAUUUGUGUCAUUCACAUUUCCAAAAGCGUCAAUUUCAUUGGAAAAUCACUUUUUGGAUACACACCAAAUUGGAGGAGUCGUAUUCUCACGAUUUGACAUACAUCCCAAUUCACAUUUCAAUU